AUGGUUCCCACUGAAGACGCUGAGGAUGGUAUUUAUUGGGAACGCAUUUGGUGGAUAUUCCGACAGUUUAAACCAUCUAUCUAUCAACAGGAUAAUUCCGCCGAAGAAAAGCAAGUACAUUUUGGCAAAAAAAAGGCUGUAGUUUCUCCGCCCACUUUAGUCUACGAUGAACAACCCGCUGACAAUAUACAUGAACGUAAACGUCGAAGAAGCCGCCACCAGUAUUAUAGACAACGUAAAUAUUCCCAUCAAGACAGCGUGGAAAAUAAGAAAGUGGUCGAGGAGAAUGGCGAGGCCGGUGUCCGCAAGGUAUCCGUGCAACCGGAGGAUACCACAUUAGAGGAGGCUGAUCUCAAUGAAUUGAGAUCUCAUCGUUCCGAUGAUCCACGUGCGCUUAGGCGUCACAAAAUCCAUCAUUCCUCAAUCAAAUUACGCGAGCUGCCACAGAUUAGUGUGGCGGGCUUGCAGCUGAAGAAGGUCUACGAUCAUAGUCCGCAUGAGAUUUUCGUACAACUCGAUGAACUCACCGGCAUUGGCGAGGAUCGUGAAUGGAAAGAAACCGCGCGUUGGAUCAAGUAUGAAGAGGAUGUUGAGGAAGGCUCCGAUCGUUGGGGCAAACCGCAUGUUGCUUCACUCUCCUUCCAUUCGUUGCUCAAUUUGCGUCGCUGUCUCGAAACGGGCGUAGUGCUACUCGAUUUGAAUGAGAAGGAUCUGCCUGCCGUGGCUUAUCGCGUUGUCGAACAGAUGGUUGUCGACGAGCUAAUUAAUGCCGAAGACAAGCCAGCGCUUAUGCGCUCACUACUGUUGCGUCACCGACACGUGAAUGAACAUCAAAGUGGCUUUCCGUUUACGAAACGGAAAUAUAGCAGCUACACAAGCCUACAGAACCUGUCUGGAGAAGACAAACGGCCGAAGAUAAUGCCUGCUAGCGAAAUUGGUGGCAGCAAACGUAGCAAUGAUUUAAAGAUCGACAUGAGGGACGACAUGUUUUCAUCGUCGCAGGAGAACCUACAAAAGCUACAGAACGAUACCAUCCUGAAGCGUAUACCAGUGGGUGCUGAAGCGACGACUGUAUUGGUGGGCGCGGUAGACUUUCUGCAGCAGCCAACUAUUGCGUUCGUGCGUCUCGCCGAAGGUGUGCUUAUGCCCACUUUGACCGAGGUAGCUGUGCCGGUGCGCUUCAUGUUCAUACUCAUGGGCCCACCAACACUCGAUUUGGACUAUCAUGAAGUGGGUCGCUCCAUUGCUACGCUAAUGGCGAACGAACCAUUCCAUGCAAUCGCAUACAAGGCAGAUGAUCGGAAAGAUCUGCUUUCGGCCAUCAACGAAUUCUUGGAUGAUUCUAUUGUGUUGCCACCGGGUAAUUGGGAGCGUCAAGAUCUCUUGCCAUUUGAGGAAUUGAAAGCAAAGAAGGACUGGAUUCGCUCACGCAAGCGAAAGGCGUUGGAGGUGAAAAAUGAAUUGAAGGAGAAAAUAAAGCAAGAGACUAAAGUAGUUGUUGAAAAGAAGCCACAACUGGAUGCUUUUGAUGGGAAGAAGAAAAUCAAUCCGAUGGAAAAGACACACAAGUGGUGGGGCGGCUUGCGUAAUGAUCUUAAGCGUCGUCUGCCCAUGUAUAAGAGCGAUAUUACGGACGGCCUUAACUCGCAAACGCUAGCCGCCACGAUUUUCAUGUACUUUGCCUGCCUCUCGACGGCCAUCACGUUCGGUGGUCUGGCCUCUGAAAAGACAGGAAAUUUAAUUGGUAUUUCGGAGACGUUGUUGAGUACAGCACUUUGUGGUAUAAUUUUUCAUACGAUUUCCGGACAACCGCUCGGCAUUAUAGGUACCACGGGUCCACUUCUGCUUUUUGAUGAGGCGCUGAUAAACUUCUGCCGCGAGAAUAAUUUACCCUUUCUCACUAUACGCGCAUACAUCGGCGUUUGGCUGGCCAUUAUUGCCACCACGUUGUCAGCAUUCGAGUGCAGCGUUUAUGUGCGCCUAUUUACGCGUUUCACGCAAGAAAUCUUCUCCGCCUUGAUCACAUUGAUUUAUAUCUAUGAGACUUUAACGAAGCUAGUAUCUGUAUACAAGAAGAACCCACUGCUGGCCGACUAUAAUUUCCCACCAGCAACCCUUGCGCCGCAAUUGCAGAGCUUCGAUAAUAUGACCAUGGAUAGCUUCGGCAAUGUGACCACAGAGAUGUCGCCUUCAAACAUUACGACCCACAUUGGCUUGGUUUCGCCGAACGCACCACAUACAAAUAUGCCAAAUACAGCACUCUUUUGCACUAUACUCACCUUGGGCACCUUCACUAUCGCCUACUAUCUGAAACUCUUCCGCAAUUCCCAUUUCCUGGGACGAAAUGCUCGCCGUGCGCUGGGUGACUUUGGUGUGCCGAUCGCCAUAGCGAUUUUUGUUUUGAUUGACUAUCUAAUACCACAAGUGUACACGGACAAACUCAGCGUGCCAGAGGGUAUUUCACCCAGCGAUCCGGAAGUGCGCGGUUGGUUGGUGCCCCUGGGUGGUGUGCCCAUCUGGAUACCGUUUGCGUGUGGCAUACCAGCUAUUUUGGUAUACAUCCUCAUCUUUAUGGAAUCACAUAUCUCUGAGUUGAUUGUCGACAAACCGGAGCGUGGACUGAAAAAGGGCUCGGGAUUGCAUUUGGAUAUUGUGAUAUUAGGCUUUUUGAAUACAUGUUGCGGUUUCUUCGGUACGCCGUGGCAUUGUGCGGCCACUGUACGUUCGGUAACACACGUUUCUGCGCUAACGGUGAUGUCAAGAACCCAUGCUCCUGGUGAAUCGCCACGCAUUAUUGAUGUGAAAGAGCAGCGUUUGUCUGGUUUCUUCGUGGCACUUAUGAUUGGUUUGUCGGUGACAAUGGCACCACUGUUGCGUUUGGUGCCUAUGGCGGUACUGUUUGGCGUAUUCUUGUACAUGGGUAUUGCAUCUAUGAGUGGCGUGCAGUUCUUUGAUAGAAUGAGACUAUACUUCAUGCCUGUAAAACAUUAUCCACCCACGCCGUAUGUGAAGCGGGUGCCCACUUGGAAGAUGCACCUUUUCACCACAAUACAAUUGCUUUGUCUCACAAUACUUUGGGCUGUGAAAUCGUCAAAAAUAUCAUUGGCUUUUCCAUUCUUCUUAAUACUUAUGGUGCCGGUAAGGCAGCGCCUUGUGAUGAUCUAUUCGCCACAGCAGCUGCAAGCGCUCGAUGGAAAUGAAGUCAAAGAUGAGGACGAACCUGAUUUCUACGAGGAAGCAACUAUUCCCGCAUAGAAAGAAAUAUAUAACCCUUAAAACCUUAACACCUGCGUAAUUGUAAUUGAAGGAAUUGCCUGUACUUAAGCAUACACUUAUGUACUUAAGUACUCUAUUAUUUCUAGUUCAUUAUGGCAUUUUGCUAUUUUUUUUUUUGUAUAUAUGUGUCUAUUUUUUGAAGCUUUUUGCUUAAUUUUGUAGUUAAUAGAUAUGUUUUAUCUUCAAAAGAGAAUGUAAAGUUAUCCCAUUAUCUAAAUGUUGAAAUAAGUAAAAAAGCAAAGUAUUUUUCUAUCUUAAAUAUGCAAUUCUUAAAUAAUAUACUUAAGAAAAACAUUAAAAGUUUUUAGAGGAAAAAAUAUUGUAUUUAUACUCUUCAUAUAAAAAUGAGUGCAGAAAUAUACAUCAGUGUGUAUGUUCGGUUAAAACAAAGAACACAAGAUUUGAAAACGUAAAGUAUUUCGCAUGAUGGAAGUAUUACCUUAAAAACUAGUAAUAAUUAUUAGUGGGAUUCAUGAAACGUCGCAAAGUGGUUGCAAAUAUCGCAUUUGUCGCAAAAUUUGCCACCAUGCGACACAGCUGAUUACUUUUAUAUGGAAACUUUCGUGCGACUUUGCCAUGGUAUUUGAGCUGGCAAUCAUUGCAAAGUCAAAGUCGCGAAGCAUAUGUUUUUUUAUUAUCUUCAAAUACCUCAAGAAAAACUAUAUCAGUUAAGUCUGCUUCGAAUUGUAAAAAAAAUUGUCUUUUUCUCUAACGCGCAGCAUUUUGUUUUUAAUUUUACAUUUUAUACUUGGAAGUAGUGUCGAAAGAAAAUAUAGCUAUCUAAAAAAUAUCGGAUCUAAAGUAUCGAUACCUACUCAUAUCGAUACUCUUGACUAUGAAAGUAUUCCUAAGAACUAAAUAAGUUAAAUUUUUUUUAUGUCAUAAGUUAACUAUUAUCUGGGAAUGCCAAAUAUGGCCCCUAUUAUGAGUUGCAUUCGAUCUUUGACUGUGGUCGAAAGUGCUGAUCGAACGAAUUUUCAUUUGGUAUUAUGGCACUCAUUCGUUUAGGUUGUUCACAAUAGUAUUUUUUUCACUGCUGAGAAGCCUUGUUUACAACUCGAGCAAACUAAAUAGUGUGCUUGUACAUAUUUAUGUAAAUCUGUGCAAAUAAAAACGAAAUAAAAAAGAA